AUGCGGCUUACUGACCUGAACGACGAUGUCCUCUUGCUAAUUGACCUAGAGCUCAACUUACGCUCCACCCGAAAUCUUCGUCAGGUUUGUCGUAGAUUUAACGCGCUAACACGCGCUCGGUCUCUGUGGUCAACGCGUCUGCGUCGUUUAAUUGUCAACAAAGUGCCUGUUCCAUGUUAUGUGGAGAACUACGACCAACUAGAUGCCCCAACUCUCGAAUAUCUUGUGCACCGAAUGACCUUCGAGCCAACGGAUAGCGGAGGAACCUAUCCAGCGACACUUGCAAAGUUCAAUCUCGCGCUUUCGGUAACCUGGCUGCGACUGGUUGCGGGCAACUGGCUGUUCGUUGCAGCCUCCGACAACUGCGAGAGCAAACUGUCGUGUUACGACCUCUCUGACCCUUCAACAAGUGGCACGGCGCACGUCUACCUUCCGAGUCGUGUUACAACUGGGAAAGCCGAGAUACAAAACGGAGAAAUCAUUGUAGCGCUGGGUCUCGAAGCCCAGAUCGUUUUUAUUGUCACUCUCUGCAAGCGCAAGGGCAACAAUGUCAUACGCGAGCUUGCUCGGUUGGAACGGUCUUCGCAUGUGUUGAUGCUUUCUGGAGCUUUAGUAGGCUGUGGAAUACGAGAUGGGGUCAAUGUGCCGCAUUUAUAUCGUUGGAGGGACGACACGAUGCUUGACAUCGAACCACCCCCAGGUGGACUUGAUGUUCCUUCUCGCAGGAGCGUACCACACUCCAUGGUAACUUGGGGAACCAAAUUGGUCAUUGUCCGCUCGCAUUGCAUCGAGCUGUAUGACAUGGUUCAGCAGACUAUCUCCUUCUCAAGCAUCAUUGAAACCUCUUCCAUCUCUGAAGUUGCUGCCUGCCCUCCGUCAUCAAACUUUUCGCAUCCACUCCAACUCGUCGCGCUUUCAGCCCAGGGAAUCGAUAUGAUCUCACUCGCUUCUGGCCACAAGGGUGAGGUCAGUCUUAGUCGCGAAACCCUCGUCCAGCCUCCCGUCCCGCCACCCAUACCGGAAUCAGAAUUUUUUCCGGGGCAACCGGAGAUCGAACAUCCGUUAAUGUAUGGCUUAUGCGUCGGCGCCUCCUGUCAGCGAAUGCUUUGGAUCUCAGCGGGCAAUGCUGUAGCUCGGAUCUUCCGGCACCCACUGCAAAUAUUUCAGAGGUCCAUAGAGCCACAUCCCGAUGAACCCUCGAGCGGUAGCGCAAUCUUUGAGGACCUUCAAGACUCUGAAAUUCCUGCAUUAUAUGGCCUCGGCAUCCUUGACUUCGACGAGGUACUGGGACUGAUGGUCAUUGGAGACUGCUUUGGAGAUGUUACUGUCUUCGACUUCUCUACCACAAAAAAUUACGUCGUGUACCCCCGCCUAACCGCAGAUAUGGCAAAGCCAUAUGAAUCAUUUCUGUCUGCUCUCCCCAGCAACCCGGUUCCAACAUCAAGCAAAACGAAGUGGGGUCAAGACCAUCUCGAUCUAGACUCGUCGUGGAUGGUGGCGCAUCCAGACAUAAUUCUUGGCUCUGUCUGGCAUUGGCAUGGAGUACCUGGCGACUUCGCCUGGCUCGUGCAAAAUAUGCUGGGCUUUCCUGGAGAGGUGAUUCUGCAGGCAUACCGCUUUGACACAGAAGCAGAAGAGCUUGGGACGGAUGUCAUUCUACGAGUGGGGCAGCGAUAUUUGGGGUAUUCUAGCCACCAAGAGCCUCACUGGUACAGCUGGCCUCUUGGUACGACCGACUUGGACAUUCUGCCUGGGCAUGGUUCGUCAGCGCAGGCCCCGAUCUGCGAAACCGCAAGCGCAAUCAGGACCAUGUUCCAUUUGUUCAUUGACAGGGACCUAUCCGGUUAUGCAUGGCCCCGCUGCGACCGCUGGAAAAAACUUAGAGGACGGGGUGGUAAAAUACCAGGAAUACCAGACCAUGAACCAAAUUCGAUAUCUGAGGAUUCGUGUUAA